GAUUUAAUAUGCUGAUUAUAUAUAUUCAAUUGUUAAUAAAAAAUUUUUAAUUUCCCAUAGAAGCAUCAGACAGCAAGCAAGUCUAACAGAAGCUGGGAUCGAAGUGAACGAUAACAACAUGGCUGAAUCAAAAGCGGCGAAGAUUUGGCGAGAACAUAAACUUGUCUUCAUGAUUAUCAUUGGUGCAAGUUUGGGCUUCCUUAUUGGUAUUUUGAUCAAUGAUCCAAUACAAGACCUAAAUCCAGAUGAUCGAUACACAGCUAUCAUAAUUAUUGGAUUUCCAGGCGAGCUACUUAUUCGAAUGUUAAAAUUGUUAAUUCUACCUUUGAUCACAUGCAGUUUGAUUGUUGGAUUAGCCAAUCUUGACAGUAGAGUUUCUGGUAAAAUUGGAGGAAGGGCUAUAGUGUAUUACCUAUCAACAACUUGCAUGGCAGCUAUACUUGGUUUGGUUCUUGUCUUAGCUAUCAAACCUGGAGAUUCUAUGUCUCGGCCUAAAGAUAAAAAAGAACAAGAACUUGUUCGUCCUUUAGACUCUUUUCUUGAUAUUGUAAGAAAUAUGUUCCCAUCAAAUAUCGUCAAGGCUUGUGUUGAGCAGGAUAAAACUGUUAUCAAAGAAGUAAAAAUUAAGUCAAGCAUUCACAAAAUAUAUACUCCUUAUAAUUCAACUGGGAUGAAGGGUGCGGAACUCACAUACAUGGUGAUGCAGAAAACAAUUAUGCAGAACAUGAGUGAUCCUAAUAGCUACUAUACAACAAAGGAGGUUUAUGACACCUACAAAGUUGGUAGUGGUUUGACAACGAAGGGAAAAGCAAACUUUCUUGGUGUGAUUGUAUUUGCAGUUGCUGUUGGUAUUGUGGCUGGUAAAAUGCAAGGUAAAGCAAAAGUAUUCGUGGAGUUCCUGUCCAUCUUCAACGAUAUUAUUACGCAACUGAUCAUCCUGGUGAUGUGGUAUUCACCUAUUGGUAUCAUGAGUCUUAUUAUUGCAAGAUUUGCUGAAAUGGAAAAUAUUGCGGACACCUUCGAAAGCCUUGCGUUAUUUAUGGUCACAGUCGUUGUCGCUCUUGUAAUCCAUGGAUUAAUAGUGUUACCAUUACUGUUUUUUGUAAUCACAAGAUCAAACCCUUAUGUUUAUCUCAAAGGAGUUACUGCUGCAAUGGCAACUGCUUUUGGUACAGAUUCCAGCGCUGCAACAUUACCAGUCACAUUUCGAUGUUUGGAAGAAAACUUACAUAUGGAUAAAAGAAUCACUCGUUUCAUCCUACCUGUUGGUACAACAAUAAACAUGGAUGGAACAGCUUUGUAUGAAGCAGUCAGUGCUAUAUUUAUUGCUCAGGCUGUCGGUCGUACCUUAAGUUUUGGCGAUUACGUGGCUAUAAGUUUUACGUCAAUUCUUGCAUCAGUUGGUGCUGCAGCUAUUCCACACGCUGGUUUGGUUACCAUGUUGAUUGUUUUGGAUACUGUUGGGUUGCCUACUGACAUGGUGGCUGUCAUAUUCUCUGUUGAUUGGUUUCUUGAUCGAUGUCGAACCAUGAUAAAUGUUCUUGGAGAUUCGUAUGGUACAGGCAUUGUGCAACAUUUAUCCAAAGCUGAUCUUGAGAAAGACGACUUGGAGAGAGCACUGCAAGAAAAGGAGGAUAUGAGGAAAGGAGAAUUUAAGGAUGAUGAAAUGGAAUUUAAUGGUGUAGUAAAUCGCUCCUAUCAUAAUGGAAAAGCUGAUGAAGGAAAGGCUGAUAAUUGGAACGCUGUGGCGGUCAGCACUACAACGGUUUUUUGAAUGAGAAGCUUUCAAAGUUUAAGAACAUGUCAAAAACAUCAUGCUUAAUGUUAUAACAAUGUAAUUUAUGUUCUUAAUGCUUGUAAAUACCUCUUUUUGCACAAUAUUUCAAGUCUGGUGGUGCCUUAUCAAUUUGAAAGUAAAGCUAAAGUUUUAAUAAAAACAUCAAUAAGUUCGAGAAAAGUUUAGACACCCACCAGGCUGAAUAAGCAAGAAAUUUAUUAAAUAAAACUUUGCAUGUGAGUAGAUUUGAAAAAACAAUUGAAAUUUGGCGGGAAACUUCGCGAAUUACAAAUUAUAUAGAGUGCUGAACAUAAAGCAUCAAUUCUGCUGGAAAAGUGCCACACCUUUAUUAUAAAGUACUGAACAAUAAACUUAUCAGUAAAUUGAAAUAUUUUCUUGUGUGAUGUGUUUUUUCUUUAACCAUGUGUUACUACUAUUACAGAAUCCUCAAAGAUAAAUUUCCACACAACUUAAUAAUUUUGCAAUGACUCGCUAAUUUUGGUCUUUUUGCAUAACUGGCAAUUAGUGUCUCGUUUUUCAACCCUUUGCAUUUUUUUUGUAUAUAUAUAUUGUAAAGAGGGAACACAAACAAUUUCAAAUUUUAUCAUUAAUAUUUUUGAAAAUUACGGCUUCUUAACACUUGAUUGAGUGUGUGAUGAAAAAACUGAAGAAAAAACCACAACUGUUUUUGAAGAAUUAUCUAAAUAUAUUUCUUACGACGAUUCCUAUCCUCAAAAGAAACAUUUCGACAAUACUCUUUGUGUCUAUUGCCGGAUAACAUUUUUUAACGAUGUCCGUACGGACAAAAGUUAGACUAUUUGUGUAUAUAUCGAAUUUGUUGUUUAAACUUUGUACUUGAGAAUGGUCGUCGUUCAGUUUAAACGUCGUAUAAAAGUGUAUUUACACUUUUCGUCGUAAAGUGGUGUGGUUAUUUCUUCAAUUUAAAUAUUCAAUUCGUAAUGAAACAUUAGGGUAACUUUUUAUUAGCUCUGACAAGCGUAAUAGGCGCUUCGCUAAACUUCACUUAAAUACAUCUCUGAAGCGAACAUAAUUUUGUGUCUUGGAAGUACCUGUUGUAGGGCUUCCUAAUUUUUUAAGUUACCUACCAGUUUUUAAGUGGUAGCUAAGCUUGUGGUAGCUGAUUUGUAUUUAAAACAUUAACUGUAUAUUUUAUUCGUCCGCACAGCAUUGUUUUAUUGCAUGUGUAUAGCAAAUAUCGGAUUUUGUAAUCACGUUACAUAUUUUAUGCAUCCUUCUGUU